CAAAGUCUUACUCCUUCUGAUAUGUCAUCGAGUACCGAGAAGACUCCGAUGCAAUGUUCUGUUUGUAAAACAACAGCCAAGUCAAGCCUUUACGUUUGUGAAAGUGGGCAUAUUAUAUGUAAAAGUUGCCAAAAAUAUGAUGUUACACAAGAUACUCGUAAUGAAUGUGGCGACAACAAUCCAGACAAAAAGGAGAAUCCAAAUAAUGACCUGAUGGUGAAAUUACAAGAUUUAUCAAGCGGAGACUUUGACACAUUUGCAGCUCAAGAUCUAAAUAAAGAAUCAAAGAAAGGCUGCAAAGAAGAUAAAACCUUAGUAAAAACUCAGGAACAAGAAGAAGAAUCUAAGAAAAACAUGGAAGCAAUAAUUGAAUACAAAAAUUUGUAUUAUCAAGAGACCAGCUCAAGUGUUACUACAGGUGUUGAAGGUUUGAAGAACACAGAAGACAAUAUAUCAUGUCUAAGCACUUCCCAUGUUGCUCCAAGACCAGUGAUGUGUCCAGUGACGAUUUGUUCAAAAAUGGUGACAAUCGACUCCUUCAUGCUACAUUUCCAUUUCGAUCAUUCCAAGGUUCCAAGAAAAACUUUAGAUGACACAACACCUCAAGAAAUUUCGCUAAAAGCAUCAAACUUCUCCAAUGAAGUACAAUGCGUGGCUACAUUUAUAAUGGAAACUCAAAAAAGAUCAAGCAAGAUGAGAAACGCAGAGUCGACACCAACUGUUCGCAAUACUUUGAGAGACAAUAAGCUAUUACUAUUAAUGGCCGUGAAAUUGUCAUCGAAUCCUAUUAAACUGCCUGGUAUCAAAUCUGACCAAACACUCGUUUUUACUCGGAGUAUCCAGACCCAGACUGAGAAAAUCUUCGAUUAUGAUUCUGGGCAGAAGGAACCGAGGGUUUUAGUGCUGAACAAGACCAAGACCUUCUAUCAAAUAUAUUUUAUUUUCAGAAGUUUGUAG